UGUUUGUUUGUUUUGUUUGUCUCGCGCUGUUUAUAUUCUCAACUACGUCUUCAUGAUAGCGACGAUGAACACUCGGGUCUUGGGAAAGAUACCCCUCCAGCGGCAAGAAGAACACCCUCCUCCCCACCCUUACUUCUCAUCCAUCCCCCAUGCGAUCAAACUGAAAUAAAUACCCCAAGCUCUUGGCCCAGUCACCGGCCCUUACUUCUACUCUCCCUUCAUCCUCAUCUAUCAUCCUCGUCAUAUAUACCACUCAUAUCACUCCUUCAUAUCCUACUUCUUUAACACACACACACUCUCUCACUCACACACACAUACUCCCCACUAUCGCCGCAGCACACCUUUCUACAACAAUGGCAGACAACCAACAGAUGGCAGCUGUGCGUAUCAUCCAGCCAGCCAACGGUAAUCCAGGUCCACUCGGCCUCUUCGCCUUCGCUGUCACCACCCUGAUCGCAAAUAUAUACAACAUCGGCGCAGGUGUCCCUCCAGGCGGCGGUGGAAGUUUUCUCAUGGGCUUUGCGCUGUGGUACGGAGGUGUUGUCCAGAUCCUCGCUGGCAUGUGGUCCAUGAAGGUCGGCAACACCUUCGAGGCCACAGCUUUCUCGUCCUUUGGUGCCUACUGGGCCGCGUACGGCUACAUGUUUUUCCCCAACGCAGGAGUCAAGGAGUCCUAUCUCGAAUAUGGAACGGAUGUCUACCAAAACGCCCACGGUAUCUUUGUCCUCAUUUGGGCCUUCCUCGCCAUCAUCUUGACCAUCGGCACGACGAAAUCGACCAUCACCACCAUCCUUAUGUUCGUCUUCUUGGACAUUCACCUGGUCUUCAUGGCGAGCAAUGAUUUGGCACACCACGGCGAGGGCGACUACCCAAAGCGCAUUGGCUCGGUCUUUGGCAUGUUGACGGCCUUGAUGGCCUUCUACAACGGUGCCGCCGCGCUCUGGUUACCCUCCAACAGUCAUAUUCUCCUGCCCGUCGGACCUCUGCUCAGACGAACAAAGGACGAGUCCUAUAAUGUGUAAAUAAUAACAGGCUGGAAUCGCGCUAGACAGAUCCAACAUAUACAUUCAACAUUCAUGCAGUACAAGUACCUUUUUUUUUUUCUUUUCCUUUUUUCCAUUCCAUCAUUUGGGGCGUUUAAUAAUGAUCAGUUUGUACUCCACAUGCUGUUGUAAACCUGUAACAUAUAUCCACAACGUAAUAAACAAAUACGCAUUGUCUCACCA